CCGUCUCUCUCGCAAUACGAGGAGCCGAAGCACGAUGGCCACCCGAACAGUCCAAGUCCUCUUCUCACUUCUCCUGCUCCUCUCCUCCUGUGUCUUGGCUUCAUCCUCCGGAUCCGAUCCGGCGAAGAAGCGCUGCCACAUGGAAUGCAGAGGCACUCCGGAGGGGCGCCGGAGGAAAGAGUGCGUGCGCCAGUGCUUGGAUCAUUCCGGAAGAGAGCAGGAGCAUGGGGAGGUGGCGGAGGGUGGAAGAAGAGAGCGCAACCCGUACUUCUUCGGCGACCGGAGCUACGAGCAGUGGAGCAGAUCGGAGCAUGGCCGUUUCGAGGUGCUAGAGAGGUUUGCUAGGAGAUCCGAACUCUUGGUCGGCGUUGAGAACUACCGCUUGGCCGUGUUGGAAGCGGAGCCCGAGACGUUUGUCAUGCCUAGACAUUGGGACGCCGAAGAGGUCUUCUACGUAAUGGAAGGGCGUGGGACUAUAACAUUGCUUCAUGAGAACAACCGGGAGACGCACGAUAUCAAGAGAGGAGACAUCAUUUGGAUUCCGGCAGGGACGAUCGUGUACGCGAUCAACAAAGCCAGAAAUGAGAAGCUCCGCGUCGCCAUUCUUCUCCGCCCCAUCUCAACGCCCGGACACGUUGAGGAAUUCUACGGUGCUGCCGGUAGGAACCCGGAGACCUUUUUCGCUAGCUUUAGCGACGAAGUACUGGAAGCUGCAUUCGAUACUCCGAGCGAGAAAUUAGAGAGGCUAUUUGAGAAACAGAAGAGGGGGGAGUUCAUAAAGACGACCGAAGAGCAGAUGAGGGCGUUGAGUCAGUCCACCGGUGAAGGUAGUUGGUCUUUAUCUCGGUCAACUGAGCCGUACAAUCUGCUCCAAAACAGACCCUCGCACUCUAAUGAGCAUGGGCAACUCCACGAGGUCGGAGCCAAUGAGUACCAGCAGCUCCAGGAUCUCGAUGUGGAUGUCUCCAUUGCCAAUAUCAGCGAGAGAUCGAUGAUGGCACCGAACUACAACUCCCUGUCCACCAAGCUGGCCAUGGUGGUGCAAGGACGAGGCUACAUUGAGAUGGCCUGCCCCAGCCGCUCCGGCGAGUCACCCAGGAGCGAGGAGACGACGGAAUCGGAACCACAGCAGCGCGUCCGCUACCGGACCGUGAGAUCGCGAGUCUCCCGUGGGUCGGUGUUCGUGAUCCCCGCAGGUCACCCCGUGACCGCCGUCGCCGCGCGGAACGAGAACCUCGAGGUUCUCUUCUUCGGCGUUCGGGCAGCACAGAACAGGAAUUACUACCUUGCAGGGCGAAACAACGUGCUGAACAGACUGGACAGGGAGGCGAAGGAGCUGGCCUUCGGCGUGCCCGCGGAGGAGGUGGAUGAGGUCCUCCACGCGCAGCCGGAGUCCGUGUUCAUGCCCGGUCCGGAGCGCCGUCGGGAAGCAGAAAGGGGGCGGCAGCCUUCACCGGAAUCCCUCCUCAGUUUUGCAGAAUCCUAGUGAGCUUAGAUAAGGAAGAGAGGUCACGAGUUUUGGUAGAGAUCUGAGUGGGAGAAUGCCAAGUUGUGGUGGUGCCAAUUAUCUCUAGACUUCUAAUAAAGAAAGCACCUUCUUUUCGAUCGGUUCA